UUAUAUUAACUUUCAGAUUUAUUUUAUAAAUAUUUUAAUAGCUAAUUUUUUAACUUCUUCUUAAUUAAUUCCUCUCAUAUUUCGAUAAAUCUUUUAGAUAUUUUAGAAAAAAGUUGCAUUGAGGUAUUAGGGUCAAUGCUUCCGAAAAUACAAUCUAGUCUAUAUGAUUAAAUGCAAUAGCAAGCUAGUUAGUAGCAAAAGGAGAAAGAGUGGGAUCAAAGACACCAUAUAGGUGCUAAAAUACCUCAAUACAUACCUUAAACAAAGCUUUUAGACAAAUACAUUUAAGAUUAUAAUAAAAACAAAGAAACGCUGAAUAAUUCAAUUUUUCUAGCUUCAGCAACAGAUAGAAUAUAUAAAUAGAAAUUAUCAUUUUCUCCCAUUAAAAAUAGGCAAGGAUUGCAAACAUCUAACUCGCCUGUUAAAAAAUUAAGGCUAAACAAAAAUGAUAGCUAAGGAAAUAUACUUCUAAAUAAUAUAGAUCUAGAAUCGAUACAUAAUACAUCUGAUACUAACUUCUACUCAUAUGUAAAAAAGAACUAAGAAUUCGAAUAAAAAGCAUAGUAACUGUUCAAUCGCAUAAAUUUUUUAUUCGAUGAACUUAAAUUUGAAUAAUUUCAUAGAGAUUAUUUCAAUCUCUUCAUUUAACAACAGAAUGUUCAAACUAUGUACAGUACUCUAAAGAAAGAAAUUAACCUCAUUGAGGCUAGAUAAUCAGCAUAUUAACUUGUUUAAUAGGCAAUUACCGAAAGAGAAAAAAUUUUAAGGUCUUUAACAGACUCUGUGGAAUAGCUUGAUUCUACUGAGCAGUGGGAAAAUGACCCUAAAAUUCUACAGAUUUUUUAAAAAAUAUCUCAGCUUAGAGAAUACACUAUAUAAGUUAUAGAAAAGAUAGAUUUAUGGCGAAAGAAUUUAUUUAUAAUAUCAAACUAAGCACAGAAUUAGCAGUUUGAGAUUAUGGAACAUCAUUUGACUUUCUUUUUUGGAGAAGAAAAUUACCUGCUUAAAAUAUUCUCUGACAAUACCUUUUUGCAAAAAUCUAACCUUAAUCAUAAAAUACCUCUUUCUUCUAAGCAUGACCCCUUUUUAGUCUUUCCAACCAAGCUUAUUGUUGAAAAAUCUGUUAAUAAUCCUGUAUUUAUUUCUAGCUUUGAUCUCAGCUAAGAUCUUAGGACAAGAAUAAUUAAUGUUGAAAAAUAGUUGAUAAAAGAGAUUUAAUAUGAAAGUGACAGAAAAAGUUAAAUUGAUUUAGAUUAAUUCUUAGCCAAAUAAACCUAGAAUGGCUAAUAAAGGAUAAAUUAAAACACCUAAUCUAAUUCAAAGAUAAAUAGUAACCAAGCUGAAAAUUCUGACUUAAAUGGACGUAGCACUUUUACUAAGCAUUUUAAAAUAAUGUAUAGGGGAAAUCAGACUGCCUAAGAACACACAAAUCGAUUAAAUAAAUCGGAAUUCCUUAUAGCAAGUAAUACAAAUACUGGUUAUGAUAAUGGUAAAUUUAAACCAUAGAGUACUAUUAUGUUCUUAAAAAAGAAAGGAAGCCUAAAAAAUUUAAAUAGUAGCCUUGUAUAAAAUAAUUAGCAAGAUAGUUAGCUACCUUUAUUAAAUUAAUAAUCUCAAAAUAAAGCUAUUAAUAAAAGCUUUUCUACUGCUGCUGCUGAAAAGUAAAGAGGAAAAUCUGUUUUAGAUGUAAGAAGGCAUUCCAGAGAUUUCAUAACAUAAAAUACUGAAAUGACUUACCUACUUAGAAAAAAGAGAGAUUCUAAACUUUAUGAAAAUAUUUCUUUGGAAAAAUUAGAAGUCUGUGAAGAAACUGCUUAAUAACCAAAACCAAAGAUUGAAAGAGAAUGUUGCAUUAAUCUUUAAGAGCUAAAUGAAAAAGGUUAUUACACUAAAAUUCUACCCGAAGAUGAACCUUAUUAUAUGAAACUAGCAAAUAAUACUUCUUAUAGCAGGGCACUAAAAAGAUCAAAUACUUCUAGCCCAAUUAAGAGAAGAGUUUUUUCAGUCAAUUAAACGAAUGCAAAUACUAAAACUAAUUUUUAUAACGAAGUAAAUGAUAAUAGAGCAGAUAGCAACAUCUCACCUUCGAAUAAGCAGUAAGAAGCCCCUGUUAAAAAAGUAAUUAGAUUUUUUACUUUAGAUGAUGAGAUAUCGAAAACAAACAAUCAAAUUUAAACCAAUUAAUCAUCAUAAAAUUAAGAUGAUUAAACUGCAACUAUUUCGAACAUAGACGAUAUAAUAGUAUUAGGUCAGUUAGAAAGCUAAGAAAAAGAAAUCUAAAUAAUAUCAUAAAAAUAAAAAAAUAAUACCAAAAAUGACAAUAUAAAAUAAGCAUUGCAGUAGAAGGGUGAUACUACAAAAGAUAACAAAGACACUAAAAACAGCAAUACUAAAUCUUAGUCUAUAAUAAAAUUAUAAAAUAACAAUGCUCCUUAAGCAUAAAAUGAAUAGCAAGCUGUUGAGUCUCCAACAAAAUUAAAUAAGGAUAAAGAUAUUAAUUAUGUAGCAACAUCUAAAUUAUAAUAAUAAUAAGAUGAUAAUCAAAGCAAGAUUAAAAGUUCUCUUUUUUCGAACCAAAAAAAUAAUGUUAUAAAUAAAAACUCUUAGCCUGAAUUAGAUGAUUAAAGUUCAAAUUCGAAAAUAAGAAAAUCUCAAUCUGUCAAGAAUAAAUAAAAUGAAGAAAGUAGCAAUGAGAAGAGUAGUUUUUCACCUUCGAAGAAUGCUAACGGACAUAAAGAUUCAUUAAUUUUUCUUGAUGAAAGCAAUAGUUAAAAUUCAAAACUGAAAAAAGUUCGCUCAUAAACAGUUCUUUCUGAUGCUAAUUCCUCAAAGAUGUAAGAUGAGCAAUUACCUGAAGCCAGAUCAGAAAUGCUUCAAAAUGAAAAAAAAAAAUAGGUUAAAUCAAAUGUUUAAAAUAAAUAAGAUACAGGAGCUUCUCCAUUAAAAAAAAGCCAAUCUACUAAAAAGUUAGAUUAGUUAGAAAAAGAACAAAAGUCAGCUACUUUAUCUGAUUUAAAAUAGUAGAAUAGCUCUUAGUCAUCAAUAAUACCAUAAAAGAUAGGUUCUUAUCAAUUUGUGAAAUAAAAAUCAAAUGGUAAGCACAACAAAUCAGGUAUUUAUCCUAAAAGAGAUAAUGCUAACUUGCUUAACUCAAAAGAAGAAGAGCUUGAAAAAAUUGAGGGUGAAAAAAUGUUUAGAAGUUUAAUCUUAAAUAAACAGUAAGAAGAGCAAAACAAUAAUAGUAAUGAUGCUAAUACUGCAGUGAGAUUAAAUACUUAAGAUAAAAAGUAAAAAAGCAGCUUUAAAAAGGCUGCUUUGGCUUUAAUACAAAAGCAAAAGGAUGAAAAAAAAGCUUAGCUAGAAGCAGAACAAAAGCAAAAAGAUUAUGAAAAAUAAUUAAAAAAUAACCAAGAAUACAAUGAUUUUCUUCGCCGUGAGCAGGAAUAAAAACUUUAAAAUAUACAGAACCAAGAUUUAGAAGAAGCUCUUACUGACUAAAAGCAAAAUCCUUUUAAUACUAAUGCCUUUAAAGUUAGUAUCCAAGUUAAUCCAAUAAGCCUUAAAGAGGAAGAAGUGAAUGAAAUUGUACAUAAUUAUUUCAAAAAAAUUCAUCCAAUUUUUAGUGGUCUUUUUAUGAGAGAUGCCUUUACAUUAAUAUACUAAUUAAAGAACGAUCUUAAUUUUAAUUUUUUACAAGCUGUUGAAAGGAGAACAAUGAAAGUAUUAGGGUUGGUAGUUGUUCAUCCUUACUUUGACUAUGGACAACAGAAAGGGCCUUUUGAUUUUUUUGAAGAUAGUCCAUAAAAAAGUUCAGAUAACAAUAUUUAGUCUGAUGAUGAGAAUUUCUUGAAAAACGGAGAGGAAGAAGAAGAUAUUUAUGAUAAUGAUGAUAUAAAUAAUAUUUUUUACUAAUCUCAGUAUAGUUAAUAGAAUGCUAAUAGUUCUUUCUUUUCAAGUAAGACAACUUUUAGAUAAUAGAAUAAAAUCCUCAGCAAGACUAACAGCAGCAAAAAUAUGGUUAGAAAAAUAAUGAUCAUAGAUCAUUUUUCUUGUAUUGAUAUUAAUAUGUUCAAAGGUUUAUUUUCUUUGUUCACUGAAUACAUUUGGACUCACGAUGUAGCUGAUAGAAUCGAAACUAAAUUCUACACUAGUCCUUAACUCAUACCUUUGUAAGAAAAGAUUGAGUAGAUGAUAAUAGCAUCUAACUAUUUCUUUACUAAGUAGCUUUAAAAUAAUACCCAAAGAGUAUUUGCAUCAAACAGAGAUGAGGAGAAGUAUCCUAUUGAUGAUAAUCUCUUAGGAGAUUCGAAUCUAGGUAAAUCACCUGACUAGCUCUUUUUUAACUCCUUUAUCAUGGUCAGCAAGCAAGAAAUACCUGAAAAUAAAAUAUUUAAUAAAAGUUUGUAUGUAGAUAAUGGUAGUAAAUUUAGCUUUCUAUGUGCUCUUAGUCAUCUUUUCAAGGAGAUGUAUAUUAGUGAUGUGUUAAAGCAGCUUACAGAGUAGAAUUAGCAUGAAAAGAUAAAAUAAUUGUAUAACUUGGCUUAUACAAUGCGAAUUAACAUUAGAAAAAAGAAAAUUUUCUCUGACUUAUUUGUGAAUCAAGAAUUUGAUAGCAUUGAAAAAAUGAACAUAGCAGUGGAAAAUAUGUCUUUUUUGCCAACGUGUGAAUAUGACGAUAAUACUAACAAUAAGAUAUACAUGAAUACCUUUUCGUUAAAAUUGAAUCUACCUCAUGCAUGUCAUACAGUUAUGACCAAUUCGUAGUAAAAAGAGGUACUAUAUAUUAGAAUUAGCAAUAACUCAAAUUAAAUUGACUCCUCAAUGGCUUCUACUUCAAAUAGUACUCCUCUUGUGAGCGCACUUGUCUACUCUAGAACUACUUCAAAUCCUAUGAUUUAAAUAUAAACUGUAGAUACUAAGUACACUCUCUUCUUUUUGCAAGCAGAUGAUUUUUUUGAAAAAUAAGUUAGUGAUAUUUAUCUUUAUAUCCAUGAAUUCUUUAAAGAAAGUGAUCAAAAAGAGCCUACCUACAAAACGAUUUGGCUCCCUUAAUUUUCUAUAAAUAAGCCUCACAUUAGAAAUGAUGAUUUUGAUUCAGUACUUUCUAAAAAUAGAGUUUUCUCCUCCUUAAAUUUCUCAUUUAAGCUACCUGAUUAUAUAGGAGGAAAGCUUCUUUACUAGGAGCCAUCUAGAUAAAAAAGUGUUUAUGUUUCUCCUCCUUUCAUUUUUGGUAUUAUUGAUAAUUCUUUUGACAUCCACAUGCCUAAUUAGCCUAUUUUUAGCUGUUUGAUAGAUGAAAAAGAUGUUUUGUACUUUGAUAAAAAUCGUACUAACUAAUGUCUAUUAUAUAUUGAUAAAGAAGUCGAUGAUGGCCCAAUAUAGGGUUAUCCUAAAAUAACAGGUAUAUAAAAUAACAUAGAAAGAACAGAUUUAUAGAAAAACAUAAGAUCUUAAGUGCUUCAUAAAUCACAAAAAUAGAAAACAGCUAGUUAAAUCUAAGAAUGA